AUGGCUCAGUGGGCUCAGCUUCAGAUGCUGGACUCCAAAUACUUGGAGCAAGUGGACAUGCUGUAUGACGACUCAUUCCCAAUGGACAUCAGAGACUACCUGAGCAAAUGGAUCGAAAGCAAUGACUGGGACGCGGUGGCAAGUCAAGAAUCUUUAGCGGUGGUUCGCUUUCAUGAGCUACUGACUCAACUGGAUGACCAACACAGCCGCUUUGCUCUGGAGACCAACUUUCUACAGCAACACAACUGCCGUAAAAUCAAGAGGAACCUGCAGGAAAGAUUCCAGGAUGACCCGGUGCACAUGGCAAUGAUAAUCUCAAAGAACCUGAAGGAUGAGCGCAUGAUCCUUGCCUGCGCAAAGAGCGCGAUGCAAAAUGUGGGAACUGCAUCAGCCAUGAUGGUGGAUAAACAGAAGCUGGGCAUCAAAGUGAAGGAGAUGAGGGACAGAGCUCAGGUGGCAGACCAAGCCAUAAAAAAUCUGGAAGAUCAGCAGGAUGAAUACGACUUUAAGUUCAAUUCACUGAGGAACAGAGGUGAAACCAAGAACGAACGUAACGAAAUGUUGCCAAAGGAACUAGAGAAGGAAAAGAUGAUCAUCUGCAGGAUGUGUUUGGAUCUGAAAACAAAACGGCAGGACAUGGUGCUGCAGCUGUCUGAUCUUCUGAACGUCACUCAAGCUUUAAUGUCGGACCUGAUCAACGAAGAGCUGCCCGAGUGGAAGCAGCGGCAACAGACAGCCUGCAUUGGCGGGCCGCCCAAUGCCUGCCUCGACCAGUUGCAGAACUGGUUCACGGCAGUUGCGGAGACUCUCAAAGAGUUUCGCCAGCAUCUGAAGAAGCUGCAAGAAUUGGAGCAGAAGUUCACAUAUGAAAACGACCCCAUUACCCAGAAGAAAGACUUCCUCGAGGCUCGAGCCCUGGAGUUGCAGAAGACCCUCCUCUCCAAUGCUUUGGUGGUAGAGAGACAGCCCUGCAUGCCCACUCACCCUCAGAGGCCACUAGUGCUGAAAACUGCCAUUCAGUUUACGGUAAAACUUCGGUUCCUGGUGAAGCUGCCCGAGUUCAACUACCAACUGAAAGUCAAGGCCGUAUUCGACAAGGAUGUUGCAGACAAGAAAGGUUUCCGCAGGUUCAACAUCUUGGGAACGAACACAAAAGUUAUGAACAUGGAGGAGUCAAAUGGCAGUCUAUCAGCAGAAUUCAGACAUCUGCAAUUAAAAGAGCAGAAAGUAGCAGGAAACCGAACCAGUGAGGGUCCUCUGGUCGUCACAAAGGAGCUUCACUCGUUGAGCUUCGAGUCAGAGCUGCAGCUCGGCCAGUCCGGAAUCAAGAUCAAGCUAGAGGCUCUGUCCCUGCCUGUGGUGGUGAUCUCCAAUGUGUGCCAGCUGCCAAGCGGCUGGGCAUCCAUCCUGUGGUACAACAUGCUUACCACUGAACCUAAGAACUUGCAGUUCUUCCUGUCCCCUCCCGCAGCCAAGUGGUCUCAGCUCUCUGAGGUUCUCAGCUGGCAGUUCUCCUCCGUCACCAAGCGAGGCCUGAACCAAGAGCAGCUGAACAUGCUGGCUGACAAGCUGCUAGGUCCCAAAGCUCAGAGGAACCCGGAAGGGCUAAUUUCGUGGAACAAGUUCUGCAAGACUCAAAAUAGCAACGAUAAAGGGUUUCCCUUCUGGUUGUGGAUUGAAGGCAUUCUGGAUUUGAUCAAGAGACACUUGCUUGCCCUUUGGAACGAUGACUUCAUCAUGGGCUUCAUCAGUAAGGAACGUGAAAAAGCUCUUCUGAGUGACAAGUGUCCGGGCACCUUCUUGCUUCGGUUUAGCGAGAGCAGCAAAGAAGGAGCCAUUACCUUUACGUGGAUCGAAUACGACAUGCACAACCAACCCAGCUUCCAUUCAGUGGAGCCGUAUUCAAAGAAAGACCUGACUGCCGUCUCGCUGCCGGACAUCAUUCGCACUUACAAAGUGAUGGCGACUGAUGACAUCCCGGAUAACCCGCUGCGCUUCCUCUACCCUGACAUCCCAAAAGAUGUGGCCUUUAAGAAGUACUAUGCCAAAAACGAAGCUCCAGAGCCUAUGGACGUGGAAAACACAGUGAAGAGCGGCUACAUGAAGACUGAGCUCAUAUCCGUCUCCCAAGUGUAA